AUGCAAUGGAGGAUGGGCGGCAUGUACGUGUGGUGUGACGGUAAACGCGGGCACGGAUGUGUUCGCAAUCAACCAUUGUGGGGGUUACCACUUGAUCAAGACGAUCCAGAAUACCGAGAAGAUCAUGAGUGUAAGGGAACUACCCGGGUACAUGCAUACAUUCUACCUGCCGCAAGGUACCAUGAUCAACGUUGACUACCACGUGGGCACGUUCUGGAAGACGAUGAACGUUCAGAUCUUCCCGUCGCCCGACGAUAUGGACAACACGGAAGGACUUUGCGGAAACUUCAACAACGACUGGGAGGACGACUUUACCCACAAGGGCGGAGCUGUAACCUUGCCACAGGGAGAUAGGUACUGGAAUUGGUUCUUCCUCUUCGAAGACCCGGUUGAGUUCAGCGAAUCAUGGAGAGAAGAGACUCCAUUGUUGCAAUUGGCCCAAGAGGGAAAGCUUGAUGGCGUGCUGAAUCCAUGGGCCGAUGAUUCCAAGUACUGCGUGUGUCCAUUGGUGGGUGGAUCGCGUCAACCAAUGUGCCACAAGAAGGAAGACAAGCAGUGCACAAACUCAAAGGUCUACGCUGGAAAGGAGAAGAUUAUAAUUGAGGAGACGAAGAGGUCCGUGGAUAGUCAGCAUAUGGAUGACCUUGCGGAACGAUUGGGGAUGCUGGGAAGAAUGAGGGAGAUGAACAAACUUCAGCGAAAAAAGAGGGAAGCUGAAGAGUAUACCAAAGCAGAAAUAGACGAUGCAAAAGCUAAAUGCGAGGCUUACCUAAAAGAUGACUGCAUGGACGGAAUAACAAUACUUGGAAAUAAGACAGAGAAAAGUACUCUGGACUGCGCCAGGGAUCUUGUGCUGAAUCCAAACGCAUCGGAUGCCCAACAAGGCAGCUGUCGUGCAGUGAAGACCACCAUAGUCACCACUUUUGUCAAGGACACAGAGGCGCAGGAUACAUACAAAGAACAAUUCGCAAAGGUCAAGAAAAUGUGUAUCGACGACUGUAACGGAAAUGGGAAAUGCAAUGGAGCCUGCGAGUGCGAUGGUGACUACGACCCCGCUGACGAACUGCUCACUGAGCCGCAGUCAGAAACCCACCCUGCAGGGCCUGAGUGGAGGAGGGCUCAAGGACGGCAAGUGUGA